CUGCACUUGCUCUGUAUACACAACACCCCCCGCCUCCAUUCCAUCUAUUAGCCGUCAGCCAUGGGAAAGAUCAAGAAGAAGUUCACCGAGGGAGCGUCGACGACCUACAUUACGCGUAACCGGGCGCUGAAGAAGCUGCAGGUAUCGCUAGCCGACUUCCGGCGGCUGUGCAUCCUGAAGGGCAUCUACCCGGUGGAGCCCAAGAACCGCAAGAAGGCAAACCGCGGAUCCUCGAAGCCAACGACGUUUUACUACGCCAAGGACAUCCAGCUUCUCCUGAGCGAGCCGUUGAUUGCCAAGUUCCGCGAGCACAAGACGUUCCUGCGCAAGCUGCAGCACGCCCUGGGCAAGCACGACAUCACCAAGGCCAAGGACCUGCACUCGCGCCGUCCGCAGUACACUCUUGACCACUUGGUGCGCGAGCGCUACCCGUCUUUUGCCGACGCCCUACGCGACCUCGACGACGCCCUCUGCAUGCUCUUUUUGUUUGCCACUAUGCCGGUCGUGAAGAACGUCAGCAACGAGGUUGUUGAGGAGUGCAAGCGCCUGUCGGCCGAGUUCAUGCACUUUGUUGUCCACAGCCAUGCCCUGCGCAAGGUGUUCCUGUCAAUCAAGGGCAUCUACUACCAGGCCGAGAUCUCGGGCCAGACCGUGACAUGGAUCGUGCCGUACCAGUUCAGCCAGCACAUCCCGCUGGACGUUGACUUCCGCGUCAUGGCCACCUUCCUUGAGUUCUACCGCACCCUGCUUGGCUUCGUCAACUACCGCCUCUUCACCACUGCCAACCUGGCCUACCCACCCAAGGUCGAUGCCGAUCUGGACGACAGCGCCGCCGGCCUAGGCUCGCUGCGUGUCGAAUCCAAGCGCGUCGAGGAUCUGAUCAAGGAGAAUGACGAUGAGGAGACCACUGCCAUAGAGGAGAAGCACACCAAGGUUUCCAAGGAGAUGAAGCAGCGUCUGAGCACCCUUGGUGCCAAGAUCAAGUCUCUGGCCACAGCCGAGGAUGCUCCCGAGUACAGCUCGGUGACCGUCGGUGGGGACGACUCGGAGGCACGCAACGAAGACGACGACUCCAACACUGCCGAGCUCCUGUUCAACAAGCAGGUAUUCUUCCUGUCGCGUGAGGUCCCUCGGUAUUCGCUCGAAUUUGUCAUCCGUGCCUUUGGCGGCCGUCUUGGCUGGGCUAGCUCGUCGGGCGGCGGCUCACCGUACUCGGAGAAUGACACCAACAUCACCGUGCAGAUCUGCGAUCGCCCCGUCCAGGGCCACCAGUUCCUGAACCGCACAUACCUGCAACCCCAGUGGGUCUACGAUUCCAUCAACGCCCGCCGCUUGUUGCCCACCGACGACUACCUGGUCGGCCAGCAGCUGCCGCCUCAUCUCUCGCCCUUCGUUGAAUAUGCCGACGGUGACUACAUUCCCGAGGCUGCUGCCAAGUUUGCCACUGCUGAAGGCUUUGAGGGUGACGUUGAGAAGCUGAAGCCCGAAGAUGAGGACGAGGAGGAGAGCGAGGGCGAGGAGGAUGCCGAGAUCGAGGGUGAUAGCGCUGACGAGGAAGAGUCUGAUGAUGAAGACGAGGACGACAUUGCCGAGAAGCAGCACCAGAAGCAGCUGCUGGCUGAGAGCCAAGGCCUGUCGUUCACGGAGUACCAGCAGAAGGCAGGCAACAAGAAGGCCAAGAAGCCCGCUGCCAAGAAGCGCUCCAAGGCUGAGGAGGAAGAGGAGGAGCGGCAGCGUAUUGCCAUUUCGAUGCUAAGCCGCAAGAAGCGCAAGCUCGUCAACCGCACCCAGGACGAGGCGAAGAAGCGCGCCAAGGAUAUCAACGCCUUGCAUUCCCGCAAGGCACAGGUCACAAAAGCUGCCAAGAAGGCCGCGAGGAAGUGAAAGCACACUCUGUUGAGCCACUCGUUCGCUUUCGUAUCUACUUUUAUCACAAAAAUAUUUACAUUACUAGAGCUGGAUGUACCCGGAAGAUGUGCAUAGGCAGAUAUAGUUGGAGUAUACAUUUUGAUGACCACAUCCAUAGUCGCUAUAUUCCUCUCCAUUGUCGAAGCAUCUGCUUUCCCUGUGUUAACCUUGGGAAUGGGACGAGUGUUUACGAGCGUGUAUGUGAGCUAAAAUCAAAGGUGAAACAAGAUUGACUGAAGGAAAAGGGGAGGGUUCGGUCGGCCUGAGGUCUGAUUUUAU